UUGACGCAGUCCGGACUCGGUAGCUCUCUUAGCUUCUCCCCGAGUGUAGCAAGUUGCCGCUGAUCGCUGGUGCCAACGCCCGGCGAAAUAAGACAGCUAACGUCAGCCAGCGGAGGGACAUUGAUAACUGCGCUGCCAGCAGAACCCAGAAAAGCACAGAGAUGCAGACCAUCAAAUGUGUGGUGGUGGGUGAUGGAGCGGUGGGAAAAACCUGCCUAUUGAUUUCAUACACCACUAACAAAUUCCCCUCUGAAUAUGUCCCUACAGUUUUUGACAACUAUGCAGUAACUGUGAUGAUUGGGGGUGAACCAUACACCCUUGGCUUAUUUGAUACAGCAGGUCAGGAGGAUUACGACAGGUUACGACCACUAAGCUACCCACAGACGGACGUGUUCUUAGUCUGUUUCUCAGUUGUUUCACCUUCCUCGUUUGAGAAUGUUAAAGAAAAGUGGGUUCCUGAAAUAACUCACCACUGUCCCAAGACCCCGUUCCUGUUGGUAGGCACUCAGAUCGACCUGCGUGAUGACCCCUCUACAGUGGAGAAGUUAGCCAAGAACAAACAGAAGCCAAUCACCCCUGAGACAGCAGAGAAGUUGGCUCGUGACCUUAAGGCAGUCAAAUAUGUUGAGUGCUCAGCCCUAACGCAGAAAGGAUUAAAGAAUGUGUUUGAUGAGGCAAUACUGGCUGCCCUGGAGCCUCCUGAACCUAAGAAAAGGCGUAAAUGUGUUCUGCUCUAAAGUUUCGUCGCAGCCUUCCCCACACCAGUUUCCAAAUCUAGGUUAACAGUACUUAAGAGGUUUGUUGUACAAGCACAUUCCAACAUGAGUUAGGAUAUUAUGAAAUAUUUGCCUUCUGACUGACAUAGCCUAACCUAAAUACAUAUUCAAUGUGUUGAACACGGUUUUUAGAUGGAGUGACAUCUGAUGCUGUUUGUGAUGAUUUGAUGCCAUUGAAAUGGUCUUACAUGAUGGGAACAAUGACUACUUACGAUACAUCAACAAACUGUAGGUGAUAUAAUUAAAGUUUGACCACAUUAUGUUUAGUUUAUUUUGCAUAAGAGCAAAUCCAAAAGUACAACAACACUAUGAAAUGGUAUUUUAUCAGAGCUCUGGUUUUUUUGAAGGCCCUUUAAAACACAAACUAGCUGAGAGUGUUGGGUCAGUGAGCUGCUCCAAUUAUGUAUUAGUAUGUGCUAAAUCUAUUCUUUAUUUUUCAAGUAAUUCCCUUGAAGUUUAUUGUUUAUAAUAUACAUUCAACCGUGGCGCACAAUACUGCAUGUGGUUGACACGGCAUUGUCAUAGCAAAACAGAUGAAUGCUCUUUAAAAAUGACUGAGUUCUUAAAGUGUUGAAAGUUGCCGUAGACUAGUUUUUUUAAUCUUUUUUUUUUUAUACAUAAAUUCAUGUUCAAUGUCAACAUAGCCUCUGGGCGGAUCUAAGAAAUAUUUGAAAUGACAUUUCUAGGCUAUGCUCCAUCGUAGUUCUGGUUUGCCAAAAUAUAAUUUUAUAAAUUGACACUUGUCAAAGUAGAGAUCCGCAGAAGCUGAUUAAGACUUGGGAAAUGUCAUGGAGUUAUUAUUGUCAAUUUAACAAACUUUAUGCAAGAAGUUGGAGCACAACAAUUUCUAAGUCAUUUACUUUUUGUGACAGAAGUGAUUUAACCAGAAAAUGAUGUGUGUCUUUGAAUGCUAAUCAAAAGUUGCAGUAGCUAAACUUUGUAGGAGGAUUCCAGCCCAUAACCCGAGGCUAAUGAACUAGUUUGUAAACUGAACAAACUUGCUGAAGUCAGUAACGCCUUGUUCUUACAAAAUGCUAUACAUAGUUUGAAACCCUGUGAAGAUUUUUUGAGUGACUGAACUACCACUAUUUGCAUUUGUCUUUUCCUAUAACCAUGCCUGGAUUGUGACGGGCUUGAAUUUGAUUUGUAAAUAAAAUGAGAAUAACUCAUAACUUAUUGACUGAAUACAAUGUGUGCAUUACAAAUAGAGAUUUGGAGGAAAUGAGGUAACACUGAAAUCAGAGUAACCAGGAAAAUGUUGAGAGAACGAGUUACUUUUUGGUUUUUAUUCAAUUUGACAUCAAAGUUUUACUGUAUCUUGCUUGUGAUAAAGUGCCACAAUAAACCAGUAUUAUGAAUAAACCCUAACUUAAAAUA